AUGGAGUAUGACUCUGACCCCGAAGAAGACUUUGAUGAUCCUAAUGGGCAGAAGCCUUCUCCUCGAGUUCAUCCGCUCGGAUAUUCAGCAAACUCUUGCCAGAUCCUGGAAUCACAAGAGUUUGGAAACCUUAAGCAUCGGGAACUUCCCUCAAACAACCGAAUUUCAUCCGCUCGGAUGACAAACAAGUUCUUAAACAGAUAUACGAAUUUGAAGAACUUGGUUAAAAACAAGUCUCUGAACAAAUCUUCGAAUUUGAAGAACUUGGAUAAAAAUAAGUCUCUGAACAAAUCUUCGGAUUUGAAGAACUUGGAUAAAAACAAGUCUCUGAACAAAUCUUCGGAUUUGAAGAACUUGGAUAAAAACAAGUCUCUGAACAAAUCUUCAGAUUUGAAGAACUUGGAUAUAAGCAAGUCUCUGAACAAACCUUCAGAUUUGAAGAACUUGGAUAAAAGCAAGUCUCUGAACAAAUCUUCAGAUUUGAAGAACUUGGAUAAAAGCAAGUCUCUGAACAAAUGUUCGGAUUUGAAGAACUUGGAUAAAAGCAAGUCUCUGAACAAAUCUUCGGAUUUGAAGAACUUGGAUACAAGCAAGUUCUUGAACAGAUCUUCAGAUUUGAAGAACUUGGAUACAAGCAAGUGCUUGAAAAGAUCUCCAUAUUUGAAGAACUUAGACAAAAACAAGUCUUGGAAAGAUCUACGGAUCCCCAAUUCCUGGAUAAAUGAGCAAGUCAUGGAAUGA